AUGACCGGUGACUUUUCGAAUGAUAAAGCAACAAAAGUGACUUUCGCUACGCAACCAUCGCUUCAAGAAUUAAGUUCGAACUUCCCCAGUGGACAUAGUAAAUUACAUCUUGACUGUAAAAACAAUGAGUUGAGAUGUUUUGACCAGACCUUUGGAGUUAAAGGACAUUCUAGGUUUGAGACUCUCUCCCCGCUUGAAAGAUAUUGGGCCAAAUAUUAUAUUGGAAACAAUAGAAUAUAUGGAUAUAGAGCCCAACUAAGUAAUCUAUUUAGCCACAUCACGACCAAACCAAUGUGGCAAAACGAUAUACCAAUUGGUUGUAUUGGAAAUAAGGCCAAUGGUAUUACUUCAAUUCAGAUGAUUGAGUCUACGACUAAACCAUCCAAAAGAAUUAUAACCUUUAAGAUAAUUAGACCAAGUACCGAAACUAUUACCAUUACUCGAGAAAUAACCAAUACAAUUGGUGGUAAGGUCAAUUUACAACAAAACCAUCGCAUCAAAGUUAUUGUGCCACAACAAUUUAUUGGUGCUGCGGGUCCUCAAGCUAUUGUCAAUGUCCAAUACAUUGCCGCCAUUCAAUGGUUAAUAGCUCAAGGGAUCCAAUUGAUUGCGAAUCACGAUCAUAGUGGAUAUACUUUUAAUGUAUCAGUCCCAGCAAAUCAAACUGUCCCAAUCCCGUCUGGUAUGGGUGUUGCUCUACCACCAGGUGUAAACAUGCAAGAAACGACCUACAGACAAAACAUUAAUGUUACAACUGAAGAACAAAUACAACUCGAACUAAAUUACGAUGUUCUACAGGUUGUUAGUCAAUCUGAUGCAUUGAGAUUUUCCAAAAUUCUAACACAAGUAACCAUACGAUUGAUGAGGUUGAAAUGGAUUAAGGAAUAUUUACGUGAAAAUGAUGAUAAUACAACAAAAGUAAGUAAAUUGGAUCUCACUUCCUAUAAUCCCCAAGAUCGUUAUUCGAAGCGUUCUAUUUAUGUCACAGUUGGAUGUGGACUGGAAUCUCCAUUUGAUGGUUACGCUCCUAGAAUGUUCAAUGGAAAAAAUUACACGUUUAGUGAUAGCGGACAAUUGAUUUAUGGAUGUGAAUUCAAUGCUAAAAAACCUUUCUUGAAUGAAUAUGAUUCUAAAAUUCAGGAAAUUAAGAAAAGUGAAAAGGACUACAUCAAAAAUACUAAAAAAGAAAUUUUAUGCUCUUAUGGAUGA